AUUGGCUCUAGGAGCCGUUCAUGGCCAUCGCCUGCUUGCAGAUCCAAUUGAUCAAACCAACGCCAUGAUCGUGCGCCGCAGGAAGGUGAAUGUUUGUCUGGUUGGGCGCCACUUGAUAUUCAAUGGACAGGAUGAAAUCUGAGAUUGCUAGCGGCCAUGCAGCUGCAGAGGAAGAAGCCGCCGCCACGAAGUCGACUACGGGAGGUAGCUUACCGUUUGGGAAUGUAUUUAACAUGAAUACACGGUCGAGAGAGAGAGACAGAAGCAGACAAAGGAAAUUGGAGAAGAUGACAAUAGCGUUGACGGUAACGAUUAACACUCUCACUGCCAGGUUUACCAUGUAAGCAAACUUACGUGGUAUGGGCAUAUCGAAUAUUUUCUCCAUAAAUUGGCGGGAAAUGUUCAAGACAUCCGGGGAAAUUACGCGGUGGCUUCGCGAAGCAGGGAGCGGGAUUACAGAGAUGGAGAUGGAAUUGCAGACACACUCAAACAAUCACCUACAAAACCCCCUAACUUCCUUCUAAAUUUGAUAUUCAUCCCCAAAAACCUAAUUCUGCCCACAUCAGGACAUAGGUGUUUGAGCAUGUUCUCAACCAAGUUUCUUCCCGUUGCAAUCUCUCUAUGGGUUUCCUUGGCUUUUGUUGCUUGUUAUUCUGAUGAUGAUGGGCUGCUCAGAGUUAGCCUAAAGAAGCGCCAUCUUGACCUUAACACUCUGCAUGCUACAAGAUUAUUCACCAGAAUAGAAGGAGAAACUAGCAGUUAUUACUUAAAUGAUAAUAUCGCAGAGGUGGUGUAUCUAAAGAAUUAUCUAGACACUCAAUAUUACGGAGAGAUUGGCGUUGGCUCACCACCUCAAACCUUCAAUGUUCUUUUUGAUACUGGUAGUGCCAAUCUUUGGGUCCCUUCUUCCAAAUGCCUUCUUUCUAUUCUGUGCUAUUUCCAUCCCAGGUACAGGUCAAGACUAUCCAAUACUUACACCAAGAUUGGAAUACCUUGCAAAAUCAAGUACGCUUUGGGAUCAAUUUCUGGUUUCUUCAGCCAAGAUCAUGUGAGCAUUGGAGAUUUUGUAAUUAAAGAUCAGAUUUUAGCCUUUUUUAAUGGUCAGGAAUUUAUUGAGGUUACAAGGGAAGGAACUUUAGCAUUCCUUGGCAUGAAGUUUGAUGGGAUUCUUGGACUUGGAUUUCAAGAGAUUGCUGUUGGACGAGCCAUGCCAGUUUGGGAGAAUAUGUUGCAACAAGAACAUAUGGAUCAAAAGAUAUUCUCGAUCUGGUUAAAUCGAGAGUCAAGUUUAGGAGUAGGAGGGGAGAUUGUGUUUGGAGGUCUUGAUUGGAGGCACUUCACGGGUGAUCACAUUUAUGUCCCUGUUACCAAAAGGGGCUAUUGGCAGAUUCAAGUGGGAGAUAUUCUUGUUGGAAAGGAUUCCACAGGAUUUUGCGCAACGGGUUGUGGUGCCAUUGUGGAUUCUGGCACAUCCUGGAUUGCUGGCCCAACUGCUAUUGUAGCUCAAAUCAACCAGGCCAUUGGAGCAGAAGGAAUAGCAAACAUGGAAUGCAAAAAAGUUGUUACGGAAUAUGGGAAUCUGUUAUGGGAAUACCUCAUAUCUGGGGUCCGUCCUGAAGUUAUAUGCGUUGAUAUUGGGCUAUGCCUGUAUAAUGACUCGAAAAAUAAGAGAUUUAGGACGGAAUCAGUGAGAAGGAACCGAAGUGAUGGGGUAGAGCAGGAGAAUGUUCUUUGCACUAUGUGUGAGAUGAGUGUUUUUUGGAUUCAAGUUCAGCUCAAGCAACAGAAAGCAAAGCAAAGGGUUUUCGAAUAUGUAAAGCAGCUAUGUGAAAGUCUCCCGAAUCCAUUAGGAAAAUCAUUUGUCAACUGUGGUAAAAUGGAAACCAUGCCACAUAUUUCCUUUACCAUUGCCAACAAAUCCUUCCCUCUCGCCCCACAUCAGUAUGUCCUUAAAGUUGAAGAGAAAGAGAGUCGUUCCGCAGUAUGCUUUAGUGGAUUUGUGGCUUUGGAUGUGGCUGCUCCGCAAGGUCCCCUCUGGGUCUUGGGGGAUAUAUUUCUUGGAGCAUACCACACAGUAUUUGACUAUGGUAAUCUUCGAGUGGGAUUUGCAAAAGCAAGUAGCUAUUAAUUAUUUCAAAUAUAUAUAUAUAUAUAUAU